CCUCCAGAACUCAGCGGCACUGUGCAUUUGGAAGAAAUAUAAUUUUUUUAAUCAUCUGAAAUGUCAGAAAUUCAUAAAGAACUGCGGCAUGCACCCGAGGAAAAUCCAGAAAACCAGAAGAUUGAUGAGAUAUCUUCUAGAAUCCUGGAGUCACGAUUUGAAUGUCCAAUCUGUCUCUCCUGCAUGAGGGAUCCAAUCCUGACGUCCUGUGGUCACAGGUUCUGUUCAAAGUGCCUCCACAAAUGGCUCGAAGAAAAGAGCAACAGUUGUCCCGUGGACUCGACCCCUUUGAAGCCAGAGAACGGAGAUUUGUUUCUCGAUCGUUACACGAAAAGGGAAAUAUCACAGUACAAAACAAAGUGUCCUUAUCAUCAAUUCGGCUGUGAUGUGGAGUUGAGCCCCAUUGAUAUGGAUAGUCACAUCAAUGAUUGCGAAUUUAAAAAAAAUGCCUCGCGCGAUGACAAGAUUUAUUGUGAUUUCAAAUAUGUUGGAUGUACCGAGGCUUUUGAGGAGAGAGAGGACCUCCAGAGGCAUUUGGAGGUAAACCACAAUAUUCAUUUAAUGAUGAUGGGAAAAACAAUGGAACAAAUGAUCAUAAGUCAGUCUGAAGUAAAUAAAAAUGCUCGAGAUUCAAAACUGUGGGAUCCACCGCCGAAAAAUAACAGAGAGCAGUUGCAAACUGAAAAAAGUCAAUCGAAUGUCGAACAAUUGUUGAAAGAUCUUUACGAGAGAAUUGUCGUACUGGAGCAGCAGAAUCGAGAGCAAUCGAUAAUAAUUUCCAACCAGAAGACGACGAUAAUGUCAAUCCAAAAUUCCCUGACGCAUUUUGGAGAUGAAUCCCUGAGGAAUUGCAAUGGCAUUUACAUUUGGCGAAUAGAUGGUUUCACCCAAAAAAUCACUGAGAUGAUGGCAGAGUCGAUGAUGCUGUACAGUGACGAGUUCUACACCCACAAAAAUGGUUAUAAAGUCUGUGGAAGGAUGAACAUAUCGAAGAAGAAUAUUGACUUUCUCUCGAUUGUUCUGCACCUGGUGCCAUCGGAGAAUGAUGACGCCCUGGAUUGGCCUUUUAUUGGUGUUAUAUCGUUUAUCCUGGUGCACCCUGAGGACUCUGACAAAUCCAUCAGGGAGAGGACUUACUCGGUACCGAAUUUGGAGGCUUUCAAAAGACCUGGAGCUGAGCGAAAUCGACGGAGCUUUGGUUACACUGAAUUUAUUUCUCUCGAUGAACUACCCAAUUUCACAAGGAAUGAUCGACUCAUUUUUAGGAUUGAGGUCAAAGCCUCUGAUAGAUUCGAAAGCUCGCAUCUGAAUGAACAGGAGAAUUGCCUUGGUUGAAUUGUUGGAAGGUGUUGCGAGGGAAUUAUUUCCUCCCAAAUUUCAAAUUCCAA